UUAGAACCACUACGAGACGUCAGUGACAACAGCUGUUUUAUAGAACCACGAUGAGACCACAGUGAAAACAGCUGUUUUACAGAACAAAGAUGGAGCAGAAAUUAGAGAAAAAAGCCAAUCAAAUUGUCGAUACAGAUGACGUCAAGAACGUACCUUGCUGUUUGUCACAACGAUGGAUACUUGCAUACAUUGGUUUCUUUGGAUUUGUCUGUAUGUAUGCACUACGAGUCAAUUUAAGUGUUGGUAUAGUGUGUAUGGUGAAAAGCUAUCCAGAGAAUUCCACCAAUGCAGCGAACAAUACCAACCCAGCGUGUGAUGAACAAACAAGUAAUAGCAGCAGCUCGAAUACCGAAGAAUUUGAUUGGACUAAAAGCGAACAAGCGACAUUAUUGUCUGCUUAUUUCUAUGGUUACUUAGUAACACAGAUGCCUGGUGGUUGGCUAGCUGGUAGAUUUGGCGGGAAACGAGUUAUAGGCUUUGGUCUGGUUAUAUCCUUUUUAUUGAAUUCUUUGACACCUGUUGCUUCUCGAUAUGAUAUUCGUGUUGUUACAGCCAUAAGAGUAUUGCUGGGUUUAGCUUCGGGUCUCAUGUUUCCCGCCUUUCACAGUAUGUGGGGUAAAUGGGCGCCACCUUUAGAAAGAAGUCGAUUGACGUCAUUCUGUUAUGCUGGAUCGUUUGUUGGUAAUAUUAUAACGUUUGCUGCAUCAGGCCUUCUGUGUGAUUAUGGUUUUGAUAAUGGCUGGGGAUCAAUCUUCUAUCUAACUAGUAUUGUAACUGUAAUAUGGCUGGUAUUAUGGUUUAUAUUUGUGGCGGAUACACCAACUGAACAUCCACGAAUAUCUGAAGCUGAGAGAAUUUAUAUAGAGUCAGGAAUUGGUGAUAAACAAACCAGAGUAUUAACGACACCGUGGUUAGCUAUAGCUAAGUCUCGAGCUAUGCAGGCCUGUCUCGUGGCACAUUUCUGUAAUAAUUGGAUUAACUAUACCCUACUCACUGGUUUACCAACGUUUAUGAAAGAAGUUCUCAAGUUCGAUAUUAAAUCGAAUGGUAUCUUGUCAGCAGUACCUUACAUUGCUAUGACUGCAUCUACCGUAUUGUCUGGUCAAGCAGCAGAUUUUCUCAGAACAAAAUCUUUCUCAAUUAAAGCUAUACGAAAAUUCUUCCAGAUAACGGCAUUUGUGGGUGCUGGAGCUUGUCUAGUAGCUACAGGGUUUGUUUCCUGUGAACAGAAGAUGAUUGGAGUAGUACUGUUGACUCUUGCUGUGACGUUUGAAGGGAUGUGUUUUGCUGGUUACAUGGUGAAUCAGGUUGAUUUCGCUCCGAGGUAUGCUGGUGUGUUAUUUGGUAUCAACAAUGCCAUAGCUUCAGUACCUGGUAUGGUGGCGCCAUUAGUGGUCGGGGCCUUGACACCAAACAAAACUCAAGAAGAAUGGCGGAAUGUGUUUUAUGUAUGUGGUGGAGUGUGUCUGCUGGGAGCGACUGUUUUUGGCCUUUUUGCGCGGACAGAUUUAGAACCAUGGGCUGCUGAACCCGUGGAGACCGAAAUACAGGACACAAUCAAGAAAGUGGAAGAAUAUUUACAGAAGAACACAGUUAUACAUGAUAAUAAGGCGUUUGAUAAAUCGGACUUGAAUGAAGAAAAAGGAUCGACGAUUUCUAUAAAAUUAUAAUCAUCUUAAAAACACAUGUUAAAGGAGCUAAACUUCUUACUCAAUAAUAUUCAUAAUUGGAAAUUAAAAACACGAAUUAGAAUUCAAUAUUGGUCCAUUUCAAUCAAAAUUGAUGUUAUUAUAUAACCGUGAAAUAUGGAAUUCUAAUAUUUAAUGGACAUUUUCAAAAUGAGUACACGAGUCGUGUAUUCUAUGGUUUUGGGCGCCAUUUGUAAAUAACAAAGAAAACCAUAUGAUAGAAUAUACUAAGCGGGCGUUCAAUUUGUACUGUUCACGCGUUUCACCGAACAUAAUUGAU